UUUCCGCAGGCAGCAGGCAGGCAGUAGUGUUCAGUGUUUGGGAGAGAGUUGGAGGUGGAUGACUCUCACACACUGACUGGCUGCAGAGAUCUGAGGAAGACCAACUGGGAUAAAACCAGGAUAAACUAAAGCUAACGGUGGGAUAGACGUGGGCUAGACCAGGCUAGACCAGGCUACAACCAAGUCAAAGAAACAAGCAGGAUCUUAUCCAUAUAGCCUGAGGGUUGUGGAUCUACAACCACAGAAGAGUCAAUAUGCAGGAAGACAGACACACCCUCACACGCAGUUAUGAAGACAUGUAGAUGAAAGUGGGUGGUGGGCCUCCACCCUCUUCCUUGUGUGCGUGGGUGGUGCUGCUUAUUUUGGUGGAGUCAGGUGAACCCUACCGGACCCCAUACGACCAGGAACAAGGCAAGAACAGAGACAGGGACAGAGAGAGGACAGACUCCAGGCCAGACACCAGGACAGACACUAGGGACUACCACAGAGAUGCCAGGCCAGACAUCAGGCCAGACACCUGGGACUACCACAGAGAUGCCAGCGAGGUGAUGGGUAAAGAGUGUCAGCGGUGCUGUGACCCUGGAGAGGAGGUCCGUACUCAGUCUGCCAACCCCCAGUACCCACAACACUACCCACAGUACCAGGCGGUGCCACAGAUCAACAUAACCAUCCUCAAAGGUGAGAAGGGGGACAGCGGCCAGCGAGGGCCCUACGGUAAAUCUGGCAAGUCCGGCCAGUCCGGCCCUCGUGGGCCCAACGGCAUCAAGGGCACCAAGGGGAGCAUAGGGACCCCGGGUGACCCCAGCAAGGUCCAGUACGCUGCCUUCUCCGUGGGCCGCAAGAAGGCCAUCCACUCCAACGACUACUACCAGACCUUAGUGUUUGACACUGAGCUCGUCAACCUCUACGGACACUUCAACAUGUUCACCGGCAAGUUCUACUGCUACGUGCCGGGAAUCUACUACUUCAGCCUGAACGUGCACACGUGGAACCAGAAGGAGACGUACGUGCACGUGAUGCAUAACGAGAGAGAGGUGGUGAUCCUGUACGCCCAGUCCAGUGACCGGAGCAUCAUGCAGAGCCAGAGCCUGAUGUUAGAGCUGGAGAGAGAGGACCAGGUGUGGGUCCGGAUGUUCAAAGGAGAAAGGGAGAAUGGCAUCUUCAGCGAUGCCUUUGAUACCUACAUCACCUUCAAUGGACACCUUAUCAAGCCCAAGAGCGAGGGGUAGGGGGAAGGGGUCGGUUUGGGGUUGUGUCCCAAAUGGCACCCUAUUAGCUGUAUAGUCCACUACAUAGGGAACGGGAUACCACUUGGGACGCAUUCUAGGGGGGUUGUGGGCUUGUAUGAUGGGCCAGUGUGACGCGAGAAGGAGACCAAAAUUUGAAGAAGAUUGGUUCCCAGUUCAUGGAAGAAUAUCUUAACUUUCUUUUUGUGUCUUUUUAUGUGUGUUAUUAUUGUAUUUUAAUCCAGAUAUCAAGAGAGACAUUGACUUACUUUGAGAAGUAAACCAAAAGCCACUUGUUAAUUUGACAAAAACAUGUUGCACGCACAGCCUGAUGAAGAUUGAUGAUCGUUUGGAGGUUGUGUCAGGAAACAGCCAAACAGAAUCAAUUCAAGAUGGCCACAGUUCAAGAUGGCCACAACAACCCAUAGCACACGGGAAGUAGUGGUGCUUGAGGGUUCUGCAGCACCCCCUGAAAAAUAAAACAAUAUAAUAUUAAUAAAAUAAAAUAAAAAAUAGAAUUACACCGCCCCACCAGAUGAGCGCUCUAGGCCUCUCCUGUAUGAGAGGGGAAAAAUAAUCCUCUGAGUAGGCACGUCCCAAGGAGCCCACUCACCAUGUUAAAAAAAUAACGGUGCACUAAAUACGGAAUACCGGUACGGUGCUAUUUGGGACAGGAUAGCAGGGAUAGCAGGGCCUUUAUGAAUCAUGUAUGUUGUGUGAUGCAAAGUAUUAUGAUUAGUUUCAACUUUGCACCCAGAUAAACUGUAUGUUAUGUUAAGAGUAUUCCUCUGUCACGGUUGUCGUAACGACGAGACCAAGGCACAGCUUGAUUGGAAUACAUUCUUCUUUUAUUAAAACAAAGAACAAACAAACAACCAACCAACCAACCAAACAGAACAGAACAGAUAAUCUCGUGCUAACAUGCAACUACACAUAAACAAUAACCCACAAAAUACCCAAGGACUAUGGCUACAUAAAUAUGGUCCCCAAUCAGAGACAACGAUAAACAGCUGCCUCUGAUUGGGAACCAAUCUAGGCAACCAUAGACAUAUAAACACCUAGAUAUACAAAAACCCAUGAUAUACAAAAACCCCUAGACAUACAAAAACCCCUAGACGAUACUAAAACUACACUUACCACCCUCGUCACACACUGACCUAACCAAAAUAAUAAAGAAAACAAAGAUAACUAAGGUCAGGGCGUGACAUCAUAUCUUUCAGAUGUAGAGACAGAUCAUAUUUGUAACUAGACUAGAUAAAGUAACAGGACCUGGACUAGAUAAAGUAACAGGACCUAGACUAGAUAAAGUAACAGGACCUAGACUAGACAAAGCAACAGGACCUGGACUAGACAAAGCAACAGGACCUGGACUAGACAAAGCAACAGGACCUGGACUAGACAAAGCAACAGGACCUGGACUAGACAAAGCAACAGGACCUGGACUAGACAAAGCAACAGGACCUGGACUAGAUAAAGCAACAGAACCUGGACUAGAUAAAGCAACAGGACCUGGACUAGAUAAAGUAACAGAACCUAGACUAGAUAAAGCAACAGGUGCUUAAAUGGACUUCAUAUGAACUAGACAAAGCAUGGCAUAUCUGUACAUUCACUCACAUAGUUGCAUUCUGGUUGUUUGGUGACUGUGGACAUUCAAACCAUGUAAGAAAACUGUAUCUGUAGAUUUAGGUUAUUGCACUAGGGUGGGGUUCUCCUUCUUUGAAAUAUGAAAUGAAAAACCCAGGACUAAUAUUGACAAUGUAUGCAUUCCAAAUGGCACCCUAUUCCUUGGACAGUGCGCUACUUCUGACCAGAGCUCUAUGGGCCGUGGUACAAAGUAGUGCAUGACAUAGGGAACAGGGUGUCAUUUAGGGCGCAGGCAUUAUUCUUUCAUUGUGAAUGUAACCAUGUAUAAUACAACAAUAGGACCAGCUGUACUGAACGCGAGCUGCAAAAUCCAACACAUACAGUAAUUACACAUGGAGUUUUUACUUUUUAAAUGGUGUUGUUUGGAUAACAGAAAAAAUCCAUACAGUAUAUAUUGUAUUGUAUUGUAUUUUGCAAAGUGUUUGAAAUAUAAUGAUGUGCUUUUUAUUAUUGUUAAAUAUUAUAAUGUCAAGUGUAACAUCAGUGGUGAAAAAAAUAUAUACCAAAAUCAAAAAAUAUAUAUAUAUUUUUGUUUUUGCCACGAUCCAGUAUUCACUUUCCAUGAAACCUCAAGACAUUUAGUAUGUCAAGGAUGGUUUCCCAAUAUUUUGUUUAUACAAGUUGAUGACAGCCAAUCAGAUGAAGAAGUCCCUAAAGCUCAGUAUUAGCCUCCAAGGCCAGGGCCCCAUUCCAGACCAAACCCUCAUACCCUAUCCAUGGGUCCUAGUUGGGCCUGGUUCCAAAACCAAACCCUCACACCCUAUCCACGGGUCCUAGUUGGACCUUGUUCCAAAACUAAACCCUCACACCCUAUCCAUGGGUCCUAGUUGGGCCUUGUUCCAAAACCAAACCCUCACACCCUAUCCACGGGUCCUACUCCCAAUGGGGAGCCAGGCCUAUCCAUGGGUCCUAGUUGGGCCUUGUUCCAAAACCGAACCCUCACACCCUAUCCACGGGUCCUACUCCCAAUGGGGAGCCAGGCCCAGCUGAUCAGAAUGAGUUUUUCCCUAUAAAAGGGCUUUAUUUCAGACAGAUGAUCCCGCGGGUGACGACGCCAGAUGUGGAAGUCUUGGGUUGACAUGGUGACACAUGGUCUGCGGUUGAGAGGCUGGUGGGAUAUACUGCCAAAUUCUCUAAAAGGAUACUUGUCGGCGGCUUUUGUUAGAGAACUGAACAUGAAAUCUCUGGCAACAGCUCUGGCGGACAUUCCUGCAGUCAGCAUGCUCCCUCAAAACUUGAGACAUCUGCAGCAUUGUGCUGUGUGACAAAACUGCACAUUUAAGAGUGGCCUUUUAUUGUCCCCAGCACAAGGUGCACUUGUGUAAUGAUCAUGCUGAUUAAUCAUCUUCUUGAUAUGCCACACCUCAGGAGGAUGGAUUAUCUUGACAAAUAAUAAAAAAGUUCACUAAACAGGGAUGUAAACAAACUUGUUUAUAAAUGUUUAUAUUUUUGUUCAGUAUAAGUGAAACUCCAGGGGUUUUUCCCCAAUCACAUGUCCUGACUAGAAAAAACUUUCCUAAUUAAUUACUUAUUUUUCUGGACAGGUAACAGGGUCCAGACAAAGUCUUCCAACCCUUUUCGAUGAGCUAAAAUGGAAGUAAAACAGGAUGUGGACAGGAGGGCCAGGAAAUACUUACCCAAGACCAGAAAUGACAGGAAACUGUUUUAGUGCCUGCAGAUGUACAUAUUUGACAUACUGUCAGUGAAAGCUGUCGACUGUGUACUUUCUUUUAAUUUAACCUUUUAUUCAUUCAGGCUAGUCAAUUAAGAACAAAAUCUUAUUUACAAUGACGACCUGGCAGCCACUACAGUAUGGAUUGUUUGAAAAGUAGUUUUGAUAUAUAAAGAUUAAGCUGAGCAUGUAUAAGGUUCAUAUUCAUUAAAAAUACAACA